AUGUCGUCGAAACCCAACACUGUUGUCCUCGGAACUGCUCUUGGGAUAACAUCUUCGGCCAUAUUCUUCGGCGCUAAUCUUAGCAUCUCAUUUUUGACCGUCCCGGUUCUGCUGUUACCAUCCCCCAAACCAGCCUUGCCAGUCCCAGCAAACUCUGAAAAUACAAACUCUCCAACAUCCAGCUCUUCCCAGAGACCAGCGACAAAGUUUGGACACCUCGCCCGGCAGUGGCAGGAAGCUUAUAACGUUGGAAAGAAAGCAGGCCCAUUCUUCGCCCUGCUUGCCAGUGGAUGUUGGCUAUACGCGGCAAAGCACCUGCCAUCAGAAGCUAGGCUCCAGCGGCAACUACUCUGGGCUGCAAGCGGUCUCUCGAUAGCUAUUGUGCCCUUCACAUUUGGGGUGAUGAAACGGACAAACGACGAGCUAAAUCGCCGAGCGGAUGCAGCAACAAGAGAUGAAGAGGAUGACUCCAAAGCACACGCGCAGCAAGGGACAGUCGAAAGCUAUCAGACUCACGAUCUCAUCCAGUGGUGGGCGCAAUUGAGCUUUUUGUAA